UAUUUGAAGGCGGCACAGUUAGCGCGUGCCAGUGCUACUCGCUAAGCACUAAAACCCGCCGUAUUCUUUAUUAAAACCGACAUAAACUGGUUGGUUUAAUUCCAGGUCCAAUUAAACACAAAUAUCAGCUUCGUGUAUGUUUUAUAAUUCUUACGAAUAUGAAAUGCAUCUGGAGGGCCAUGAGGAAUGACUUUUAGGAUUGCUGUGUCUCCUGAAUAAUCUCCUGGAUGUCCUCUUUCAUUCGAAUUACAAUCAGCCUAUGCUCCACCAUAAAGUCAUCACAUCUGCCUUCAUCAGCUUCACCUGUCAUUUGCUGCUUGGAGGAACCCUCCAAGGUGUUUCAGGGAAUACUGUGUGUAGAAUAUGUCUGGCCCUGUCCCAAGUCGCUCUCGAGUUUACCCUGAUGUAAACACACAGCGACCCAGAGAGUACUGGGACUAUGAAUCCCAUGUGGUGGAUUGGGGUAAUCAGGAUGACUAUCAGUUAGUGCGAAAGCUUGGCCGGGGAAAAUACAGUGAAGUGUUUGAAGCCAUAAACAUCACUAACAAUGAGAAAGUAGUCGUCAAAAUACUCAAGCCAGUGAAAAAGAAGAAAAUUAAACGAGAAAUAAAAAUUCUGGAAAACUUGAGAGGAGGCCCCAACAUCAUAACGCUUUUAGACAUCGUAAAGGAUCCUGUGUCCCGCACACCAGCUUUGGUUUUUGAGCAUGUUAACAACACAGACUUCAAGCAACUGUAUCAAACAUUAUCAGACUAUGACAUUCGCUUCUACAUGUAUGAAAUUCUUAAGGCUCUUGACUACUGCCACAGUAUGGGAAUAAUGCACAGAGACGUGAAGCCACACAAUGUCAUGAUUGACCAUGAGCACAGAAAGCUUCGUCUGAUUGAUUGGGGAUUGGCUGAGUUUUACCACCCAAACCAGGAGUACAAUGUACGCGUGGCUUCCCGAUAUUUUAAAGGCCCUGAACUACUUGUGGACUAUCAGAUGUAUGACUACAGUCUGGAUAUGUGGAGUCUUGGAUGCAUGCUGGCCAGUAUGAUCUUCAGGAAGGAACCGUUUUUCCAUGGACAUGACAACUAUGACCAGUUGGUUCGGAUUGCAAAGGUUCUGGGUACAGAGGACCUGUAUGAUUACAUUGACAAAUAUAACAUUGAGCUGGACCCACGCUUCAAUGACAUUUUGGGCAGACACUCCCGGAAGAGAUGGGAACGGUUUGUGCACAGUGAGAAUCAGCACCUGGUCAGUACCGAAGCUCUGGAUUUUCUGGACAAGCUGCUACGUUAUGACCACCAGGCCCGACUGACGGCCCGCGAGGCCAUGGACCACCCUUACUUCUACCCCAUAGUUAAAGACCAGGGCAGAGGAGCACCAGCUGCAGGAAUGGCUGCUAGUUCCACACCAGUCAGCUCUUCUAGCUUGAUGGCAGGUAUCACCUCUAUGACUCCGAGCACACAGCCCAACAUCGCCAACAUCAGCGCUGGCUCACCCGUCAUCCCUGCCCCAAACACAAUGGCCACACAAGUGCCCACUGCCGCUGGAGCCCAGCCCUGAACACCAACUGCCCAACCUCCCCCCCCUCUUUCUCACAUCUCUCUAUCCAUCUCUUUCUCUCUCUCUCUCUCUCUCUCUCUCCCUCCCCGGGCCUGCUUGGAAUUGUGAAUCGGUGUGGGGGGACAUUGAUUUCAUUUGUGGUUAUUUUUAUGUUGCAAAUAACACAGAACUAAUGUUAAGUUACCAUUUUAUUUUGUUGUUCUUCUCCUCAGUUGUUGUUUAGGGGUUCUUGAACUCAAAGAAACUCAUGUUUUUGCACCUGUCUGUGUGAGUUAGAAAAGCAAACGGGUGUGAAAUUUCACUCGCCGUUAUUGUUUAGAAACACACGUGAAUGUCCACCUGAAGAAGGAUAAUAAAAUUAAUUUUAUAUGUC